AUGACUUCUCCUAGAAAGACAGUCCUCAUCACUGGGUGUUCGACUGGAGGUAUUGGCGCGGGCAUGGCUGAAGCCUUCCAUCAGGCAGGAUUCCAAGUCUUCGCCACCGUACGGAACCCAGCAAAGGCGUCUCAGAGUCUCACGACGGCGCCACACGUCACGCUUCUGACGCUCGAUGUCCUCUCGCAAGAUUCAAUCGAAGCCGCUGUCACUAGAGUAUCUACAGAGACUGGGGGGCGACUCGAUGUUCUUGUCAACAAUAGUGGCCAGAAUUUCAUUAUGCCCGGUUUAGACACGGACCUCGACGACGCCCGCAAAUUGUUCAAUCUCAACUUGUUCGCCCCAUUGGCAGUUCUUCAAGCCUUUGCUCCUUUGCUUAUACAGGCGCGGGGAACAGUUGUGCACCAAGCGUCUGCUGCCGGACAUCUACCAAUGCCUUUCAUGAGCAUGUAUAACAGCUCAAAGUCGGCACUCAUCAUGGCAAGCGAAAUAUGGCGCCGCGAGCUCGAGCCCCUAGGCGUCCGAUCUCUGACCCUCAUCACCACCAGCGUCAAGACUUCAGCCUUUGAACACACAGAGAUGCCCAAGAUUCCCGAAAUGUCCUAUUAUUAUGUGAUUCGCGAAUACAUCUACGGCAUGGCAGACGGCCGCCUGCAAGAGGGAGCGCCAGACCCUCUGACCUACGGCCAUCAGGUAGUCAAGGCGAUCCAGAAGGGUACCACCGGGGAGAUGUGGAUCGGAAAAGAUGCUGCUGUGAACCAUUUGGCAUGGAAGUUGUUGCCAAGUUCAAUUUUUGACUCCAUGAUGGAAGGAUUUCUCAAGGUUUCCUCUGAAAUGGCAAAAGUCUCCCAGGCGUUGAAGACUAGAAAGUGA